UCCCACCCUAAACUUAGCCACUAGUUCAAUCACCAUUACACUAGCCAAUGAGUUGAUCGAAGGUCUAGUGCGUCACCGCUGACGUAGCUUGCCCAUCCACUUACAUAUUUCUCCCUGAUGCCAUCGACUUCUAUCGAAAAUGGGAGAGAUAAGAGAGCCCACACAUGUUAUGCUGGUUUUCUUCUCUGCCCAAGGUCACCUAAACCCUAUGCUUCAGUUUGCAGGGCACCUUUCCUCAAGGGGUAUCACCACCACCCUUGCAACCACCUCCAUCGGCCAAGAAGGCAUCCUCAAGGGAGGCACUCGAGCAGUGCUUGAGGCUGAGGGCACAAUCAAGUUUGAGUUCUACUCCGAUGGUUGGGACUCACGAGUCCCGAUCGUGCACCUUGACGACUAUAUGGAUAAGCUUGAGAUAGUGGGCAGUGAGAGCCUUGCCAGUCUGGUUGAGGAACUAGCAGCAAAUGGCCGCCGAGUCUCCUACAUGAUUUCCAGCCCCUUUACACCAUGGGUGGUUGACGUGGCCAAGAAGCUUGAGAUCCCGUGUUCGGUGUUGUGGAUCCAAUCUUCGUUAGUUUACAGUUACUAUUACCGGGUAUAUGGUGGAUUGGGAGCAAAUGGCGAGGUCCCAGUCAAUUUGCCAGGACUGCCUGAGCUGAAGCUCGAGGACUUGCCAUCCUUGUCUUUGCCAUCAAACCCAUACAAGAGCUUCCCGAGGAUUCUAACUCAGCUUUAUGCGAGGCUUGGGGAUGUUAGAAUGGUGUUGGGGAACUCUUUUGAUGAGCUAGAACCAGAAGAGAUCCGAUUUGUCGAGGGUCUGCACCCAAUAAGACUUGUGGGUCCGCUUGUUCCACAGGCUCUUCUCGAAAGGUCGCAGCCAGCCGCCAUCUCCGAUCUCCGUAGGGAUAUGUGGGAUGCAUCUCCACAAUGCUUAACUUGGUUGGACUCGAAGAAGGCAACAUCAGUGGUUUAUGUUUCAAUGGGGAGCCUACUGGUGAUGCCUCCGAAGCAGAUGGAAGAGAUGGCAUGGGGGCUUAAGGCCAGCGCCCUGCCAUUCCUAUGGGUGGCGAAGCCAUCAGAAAAUUCAUCAAACACAACAGGAAUGCCAGAAGGCUUCUUAGAGGAGGUACAAGGACAGGGGAUCGUGGUGCCGUGGUGCCCUCAGGCGGAAGUGCUGAGCCAUCCUUCCAUAGCAUGUUUUGUGACCCAUUGCGGGUGGAACUCAACCUUGGAGACCAUCACGGCGGGUGUGCCAGUGAUCGCCAUACCGGAAUGGACAGACCAACCGACCAAUGCUAUGCUCUUGGUGGAGGUGCUCGGGGUCGGCCUUCGUCUCAGGGCAGGCCCCGACGGAGUUGUGAGCAGAGAGGAAGUGGCCAAGUGCAUCACAGCCACGACGCAAGGCGCCAUGGCAGAAGAAAUGAAAACCAAAGCGUGGACACGAAAGGAAGCCGCACGGGCGGCGCUUGCCCACGGAGGCUCGUCGGAUCGGAAUAUAGUUGCAUUUGUGGACGAUGUGAUGAAGAGUGGACACAGCCAGGGUCCCGGUUGAGAGGCUUCGGAUUACAGUCUCUUAAUCCAGAACUAAGCCCUCACUCAGAAGUGAAGAGAUAAGUGCGUUUUUUUUAUUAUGGAGAAAUCAAUACUGUAAAGGACAGAUAGAUUGCUUCUACUGGGUUUUGGAGCGUUGGAUUUUUCCUAAAAAAAACUUGCGUAACACAGGGCUUUGUGGCUGAUUACUUUGUUUGUUUUGUGGACCCUAUUAAUGAGAAAAAUGUACCUCGUGCCCGUUUAUUA